ACCCGCUACAUCAAUAUAUAAUGUCUGAUCUUUGUCCUGUCUACGCUCCAUUCUUUGGUUCUAUGGGUUGCACCGCCGCUAUUGUCUUCACCUGUUUCGGUGCUUCAUACGGUACUGCCAAGUCUGGUGUCGGUAUCUGUGCCACUUGCGUUUUGAGACCAGACUUGUUGGUCAAGAACGUUGUUCCAGUCGUUAUGGCCGGUAUUAUCGCUAUUUACGGUUUGGUCGUGUCUGUCUUGGUGUCUGACUCCUUGAAGCAGAAGCAGGCCUUGUACACCGGCUUCAUCCAGUUGGGUGCUGGUUUGUCCGUUGGGUUGUCCGGUUUGGCUGCUGGCUUUGCCAUUGGGAUUGUCGGUGACGCUGGUGUCAGAGGUACCGCCCAGCAACCAAGAUUGUUUGUUGGUAUGAUUUUGAUUUUGAUUUUCGCCGAAGUCUUGGGUUUGUACGGUUUGAUUGUGGCUUUGUUGUUGAACUCCAGAGCCACUCAAGACGUCGUGUGUUAAACUGCAACCCUCGCUGCACAGGAGACUGGUCAGUAGAGUAUCUGGCAUUCGUACAUGAUACUUUCACGACAUACUCUUUCAACACCUUUCCAUCCAAUCGUUGAUUCGCCUUGUAUGGGAACUGUUGUGGUUUAAUCCUCCCAUUUGAGUUAUCUUUGAUAGCUCAGCCUAUAAAAUACAAAACCUGAACUAUGUUCUACCACGUCAUUCCCUAAUGUCGUCUCCCCUUUCACUAUCUAUCUUUUUUGUUUUAUAGAUUUAUCAUCCUGCCAUUGGUUCCAGAGUUUAUUUGUGUGCUCCUUUCGGUCGAUUUGUUAUAUCAGUACGCAAAUAUUCUUCAUUUCUCUUAUUGAUAUUCUCAUAUUUAAACUUAUUGUAGACAAAGCGGCUGGUAACACGCGAUUAUCGGUUUCGACAGCAUGGAUUUUUGACGGCUUACAGAGAUUGCUUUGGAAUGUCAUAUAGCCCAGUCUUUUCACCUUUUAUGAAAGCUAC